AUGGGCAACAACAGUAGCACGCACAAGAUAUCUGCGCAGGAUAAAGCAAUCCUCGACAUGAAAAACCAGCGCGACAAACUCCACCAAUACCAACGUCGUAUCACCGUCCUCACGGACCGCGAAACGUCCAUCGCCCGCCAAAUGCUCGCCGCGGGCGACAAGAAACGCGCGCUCCUCGCGCUCCGCCGCAAGAAAUACCAGGAGUCGCUGCUCGCGAAGACGGAUAAGCAGCUCGAGCAGCUGGAGCAGCUGACGAGCAGCGUGGAGUUCGCGCUGGUGCAGAAGGAUGUGGUGUUUGGACUGGAACAGGGAACGAGUGUGUUGAAGGAGAUUCAUCGGGAGAUGGGGGGGGAGGUUAGUGAUAUGCUUGGGGGGAAGAUUUCGAAUCAGGAUGAGGAUGAGGUGGAAGAUGAGUUGGCGGCGUUGGAGAUGGAGGUUGUGGGGAGGGUGGAGGCUGAUGUUCAGCCUGUGCUGCCGGAGGUACCGACGAGUAAGUUGCCUAGUAAAGAGAGGGCGAAGGUAAGACAGAGGGAGCAAGAGGAGGAGAGAACGGCUAUGUUGGCUUGA